AUGAAUUUGAAAUUGAACAACGAGGUAAGGAGCUCAGUCAUCUUGCUUCCUACAGAGCCUCCUACGUCUGUAAAGGAAGAAAGACAACGAACCGGACGAUAUAUAGCGAUCUUGGUCGGCAUAAGUCUGUUAAUGUUGGCGUUGUACCACGCAUGGGUUCGUCGAAUUCCAGUUGUGGCAAGUCUUGUAGUACCCGCUCUGAUCAUGUUCGUGUACGUGGGUUGGGUGCUUUACACAGCUUCGAGGGACAAAAAGAGGCCAAAGAAAAAGAAUUAUAUAAGAAUUCGGCCACGGCAGCCAAUCUCAUUGGGUUUAGCCAACUGUUCAGGAGAUAUUAUAGUGCAGCGAGAAGACGCGCAGACACAAGUGCACUCUCUAUUCCUUUCACUAUCAUAUAUAGGAAGAGAAUUCGACUCGACCACUGAGAAACUCUCCGAGAGAGCUGCAGCGGAUGCUGAGGCGGCAUUAAAUGCAAUGGCACAAGAGAAUGCCGAAAACGAUGGACGAACAUCUCAACUAUCACAUAAUGUUGAUAUUUCAAUAAUUUCCAGUAAAGAGAGCUCAAAAUUAAAUACUCCAGAUGAAUCAGGUCCUCGCGAUUGGUCAGAAAUAUCAUCAGUGUACUUAAAAGGCGAUUCUAGACCAGAAGAAAAAGCAGUUUGUUUUAUAAAACCGAUAAUUUUAGUUAAUGACAAACCGCACGAGGAUUUCGACCAGAAAUGGACUAAUAUAGUAGAAACAUUGAACAAUAAUGAUAGGUUAAAAGGAUAUCAAACAAGGAGGAAAUUUAAAAGAAAAUUCUGUAGAAGAAGAAGGCAUGCGGCGUUUAAGAGAUCGUAUUCCAUUGGU